AACAAUUGACUUUGCUCAGUUAAACUUGCUUAGUCUAUUCGAAUAGUUAAUUGCCUCUCGCUGGCUUUUCUUUUAUUCGGCGAGGACGAACUGUUCGAGGCCAGGAAGAUUAAAACUGAAGUGAAUUCGAACGGUAAAAAGUGAGAUGUCUUCACGUAAAUCGGAGGAAGAAAACAUUCUACCCGCGCUCAGCGACGAAUCACUCGAGGAAGUCAACAACUACAUCAAAGAAGCAUUCGAUAUUUUGAAGCGAGAGACGAUCAAAGUUCGCAAGGAAAAGGAAGCUUUUGAUGAGGUUGCAAAGAAGAUAGAGCAUGUUCAUUUCUCGAAAAUGGUGAUGCUUAAUGUCGGCGGUCACUUUUUCUCGACCAGUCUAGCAACUCUGAAUAAAGAUCCAGGUUCGAUGUUACACGCCAUGUUUUCAAGCAGAUUUGACACAAAGCCAAGCGAGGAUGGAUCUUACUUCAUUGAUCGAGAUGGAACUCACUUCCGGUAUAUCCUGAAUUAUCUUCGCACUGGGCAGCUUAUUGUGCCUAAAGACGAGAUGGUUCGAAUUCGCGAAGAGCUACUGGCGGAGGCUGAAUUUUAUCAAGUUGAGGGAAUCAUCAGUGAGCUUACUGCGAGGCCAUUCAAGGAUUCUGUUGUUCUAUCCUCAGAUCAACGCGAAACCUUGAUGAAUUGGUUGAAGGAAACUCAAGCACUCAAUAACACCGGGGACAACUUGUUCUUUGGCUUGUUAUAUCGUGCUUUUCGUGAUGGCUGGGAUGCUGCCGACUUUCACGCCCGAUGCGACUACAAGGGUCCAACGGUAACGGUGAUCAAGAGUGGCAAAUACAUAUUUGGAGGCUAUACCGAGCAACAGUGGGAACACAUGGCUUUCGAAGGUUACAGAAAAGCUAGCGAUUCGUUCCUGUUCAGCCUUGUUAACCCAAGUGAUCUGCCGCCAACAAAGAUGUCUUUGAAAGCCGGAGAAGAAGAAUUCGCUAUCUUCUGCAGCAAUGACCGUGGGCCAGUAUUUGGAAGAGGUGCCGAUCUUUCAAUUGCGGAUUCUCCCAAGUCCUGCGGAUGCUCUGUAGACCUGGAUCACUCGUACCAGUGUCCACCUGAUGAGGAUUCUGAGACGUUUUUAACAGGAAAUGGGGAAUUUUAUGUCGAUGAAAUGGAAGUUUUUGGGUUUGAGAAGUGAUAAAUUAAACUGCUUGCUGGUUGUUUGACUGAACAGAAAAAUGUUUUGCUAGGGUAAUGAUCCGGCGUCUCAGCUGGAAAGUCUCUGUCGAACCUAGCUUUUGAAACGAGAGAAUAUCUCUGUUAACACAUAGCUCUUAGAAUGUUUAAAUAUGUUAGAUAGCUAAUAAUUGCGUUCACAGAAUGCUUGCUAAUCUUGCGCGUGGCUUCGCGCUUGAUCACGGUGGCGUACGUGCUUCUCUUGUUUCCAAUCUGAAGCGAUAAAGAUUGGCCAAACGCCUCAGUGCUUUUCUCAAUUCUCGUUUGUUGUCGUCUCCUGUCGACUAAUGAGGACCCAGUAACCUGAUGCAAACUGCUGUUCAGGGGUAACGGGGGCUAUGGGACUUGGGACUACUUACACGCUAAUUUUGAAGGCCCGUUCGGGUCAAAACUAUGCGAAUUACAGUCGAACCUCAAGCUUAGGUGGUUGAUUACGGGAGGUGGUCGCUUACGAGAGCUUAGACCGGUGUUGGGUCAAAAUUUAUCCUCAUUAGCUUAUGGUAACUUCAAGAUACUGAGAAGACUGGUAGAGUACAGUGUAUAUGCAUUUUUUCUUUAAAUUUUUAAAAGUUUUUCAUGUGCACGUGAAAAGUCAAUUUCGAGAAAAAAAAAUCUCGUACUUUCCCGGAAUGCAACAAUGUUACAACACCUUAUUAUCCAAUUUUCCCACUAUUAUCUGUCAAGGGGUCGCUUUCGGGAGGUUAAAGGAAACAGUUAAAACUUUUAGCUCUGAAAGUGGUCGCGGUCGUUUACGAGAGGUGGUCGCUUACGAGCGGUUCCAAAUAGAGUGAUUUGACUUGGAAAUUAACUAUUCAUAUCAUAGUUGGAAAACUGUCGGCUGAGGAGAAGUGGUCGCAUCCGGAGGUUCCACUGUAUUUCUAAAAACACAGAAGAAAUAAAACUGUUUGUUUAAUUAUU